ACUCUUAAUAACAUAAAAGUAUAGUGCAAAGACAAACAAAAAAUUGCAUAAGCUAUUUUAAAAUAAAGUCAAAUGAAUACCUAAGUACAUACGUAAAAGUUUUGACAAAAUAUCAAAAUGAGUGUCCUAAAGAACCUUACAGAAGUUUCCAAAAAGAAACAAGUAGAUUACAUUAAUUCUUUUGAUGAAGUACUUUUGGAUAUCGACGGAGUAAUAUGGCUCGAUAAUACUCCAAUCCAAGGCGCAGCUGACUGCAUAAAUAAUCUUAAGAAACUAGGAAAGAAAAUUAGAUAUGUCACGAACAAUACAAUAAGGUCUACACCGACCAUUGCAAAGAUUCUGACUGAGAGAAACUUCAUUACAAAUGCGGAAGAUAUUGUAACUCCCAAAGAAACUACCAUUGCCUACUUAGACCAGUUAAAUAUUAAAGACAAAGAUAUAUUUAUAAUAGGAACACAAAAUAUGAAAGAGACGCUUCUAAACGUUGGAUAUAAACUUCUCCCUGAUCCACCAGCUGUAAUUGAAGAGGGAAUAACUAGUACUUUAUCCUACUACGAAAAUAACGCAAAUGUUGGAGCAGUUAUAAUAGAUUUUGACUUUAAUUUUAAUUUUAUAAAACUACAAAAAGCUUUUUGGUAUUUAAAUCAACCAAAUACCGCCUUUAUUGUCACAUUAAAUGAUCGCUUAAUACCAGUGGGUGACAAGGGACCUCUCAUUACUCAGUAUUUCGCAGCACAAGCUCUCAAAGAGGUCACUAAUAAAGAACCUGUUUUAAUGGGAAAACCAUCAGAUAUCUGUAUACACUUUAUCAAGGAGAGCUUUAAUAUUAAGGACUGCAGUAGGACAUUAUUUGUUGGAGACUCUAUUACAUCAGAUAUGAGCAUAGCAGCUAACGCUGGCUUCCAAAAACUUCUAGUGCUAAGUGGUGUUUCAACAACGGAAGAUAUCAAAGAUUGGAAACAUCCUGAAGAAUAUAAACCUGAGUACUAUAUUAAUAGUCUAAAUGAUCUUAAUAAUAUUAUUAAAGUAAAUUUAUCUCUUACAUAAUUGUAAUAUAAUUGAAUCGGUCAUUUUGAAAAGGGGUCACCUCCACUUUUUUAAAUUUUACAGGUAAGGUAAAAAACUUUGGAUCUUUAUUACCAUUAGGAAAUAAAAUAUUUUUAUGUAUUUUUUGGUUUAAUGAUUAACUAUACAAACCGAUGAAUAUUAUAUAAAUAUAUUUUUUAGGGCUAUUUUUUAGGUUUAUAAAAGGGCUGUCCUUUUAUAAACUUUAAGACUUUGAUAUCAUUGAAAAUGACAUUGUUUUUUCCUUCAUCAACAUUAAAAUUGUAUCCCCAAUUAUCUUGUUAUCCCUUAAUAUUAUAAAUAAAAUCAAACGUCAAACUAUAGACUGUAAAAGGAGUACCCGUUUUCCAUGCUCUUUUUAUUGCAGCCAUGUAUUGAACAGGAGAAUAAAUAGAUCCAAUUUUC